UUAAUAAUGAUUAGUGACGAAGAAUUGAGAACUAGAAUGGAUUAUAUACUUGAAAUGUGUUCUACAUCUCUAGAUUCACAACGCGAACAAGACAAAAUGUUUGAUAAUAUAAUUAGAAUAACAAAAAAUGCAUUACAAGAGCAACUGUUGACUUAUGAACCAAACGCUAUUAUUGUAUGUAUUCUUAAACUCCUCUUGUAUUAUAAUGAAACUUAUCUUCAAACGUAUAACAUGUGCGAAUGGAAACGACGAAGAAAAUGUCGACUUAUGAGAGAAUGUUACAUUACUUUAUUGCAAAUAUACAUUCCACAAAAGUCUAAGGAAAUUCUAGAAACUGUAAUUAACACGAUUUAUGAAAAUAAGCUUUGGGAGUUUGAAACCUUCUGUUUUGAACUUAUGUGUAAUUUAUUGGAAUAUGGUAUUAAUGCAUCAUCAAUGAUUCAUAUUAUAUGGGACAGAAUCGAAGCUCCAAAUAUAAAUAUAGAAGAUACAAGAAAAAUCAUAAGAAUAUUAUACGAAUUAUUAGAUGUUUAUAAUUGGCCAGAUUCAUACGAAACAAUAGUAGUUAUUGAAAGAAUUUUAAAUCUUUUUUAUAUUUCUAUAACUAGUGCACAUGCAACUGUUGAUUUUUUACCAUAUGCAACACUUAAAAAAGGUUUGGAGGUCUGCAUUAUUAAUAUGGUAAAACAUGUAUAUAACGAUCAUCUUCUGAUCAUAGUUCAACAUAUGUGUUCAUGGGUUGUUGAGAAAGGAAUGACUGAUGAAAUUAUUCUAGAAUUUGGUAGUACACUUGAAUACACAGCCUACAUACAUGAAGUAACUCUAUAUGAAAAAACUUUAACUCCAAAAAUAUUUCCAUUAUUAAUGAAAAUGAUAGCAUCGACAAAUAAAAUAACUAAUUUAUUAGGUAACAGAGUUAUCCAAUAUUUGCUUGAUAGAAAAGGAAAUAAAAUGAAUUUUAAUACACCUAAGAUAUUUUUUGAAGAUACUCAAUUUGAUCUCAGCGUAGGUCCAUGUUUUAAAGAAGAUAAGCUAUUCUGUAAACUUCACAGAGAAAUUUUGCAUGAUAGCCUUCUAAAAAGUAUCAUAAUUCAUUGUGCAUCUCGUAUGAAUUUAGAAUCAACUUAUUGUACGAUAUGUCUGAUUGCUGUAGAGGUACCAUGUGGAUUUACAGCAGCAGCUCUGGUUUGUCUUUUAAUGAAUUUGCAAGAUGUAACUUUGAAGCGAAAUAGGCACGAUGAAGUAUCUUAUCAUUUACAUGCGACAGUGAUAGCAAUUAUGUCUCUUUUAUGUUGGAUUCAUAAAGCUAAAGUAUUUUACGAAUAUGUGAAUAAAGUAAUGAUGGAAAGGGCACAAUGGGCUCCACAUCUAAAUCCUCCUAUUCAAUCUCAAUAUAAUUUCGCAGCACAUCAUAUACUUUGGAACAAGCCAGAAUUGUUUUUUAUAGAUUGGGAAGCUCGUUAUGGUUUGUGGAAAUGUUUUCGUUUACGCGAAACUGAAGAGACACCGGAAGUAUGAAUAUUCAUCGAAAAUUACGAUACAUGUAUAUAUUAUGAUACUAAAAUAAAUAUUAUGUGACUAUCGAAUAUCAAGAUUCUAUGUGAUAUUACAAACAUUAAUAAAUGAUUUCAAUUAGCGAUAUUUUUAUAUUUUUCUUAAUAACUAUCACUCUUAGUUCACAGUUUAGGCGUGAAAUUUGACAAUUUUUCUUAUAAUAAUCAUGAAAUGUAAUCAUCAAAUUACUCAUACAAAUAAUUGUCAUCAAAAUGGCUGUGUUUCGACAUUAAAUAGCGUAAUUCAUAGUAUUACGCAUUAAACAAAGGCAAUAAAAAUUGACAGUGUGUGGUAUUAUAUUAAAUAUCUUGUCAUAAUCUGUACUUUCUAAAUGUGAAACAAUAUUAGUAUAAUCCAAGUUUGUUUGUAAUUAAAAAGCAUGAUAAUUUAUCUCAAGUUAUUGAUAUUUGUUCCUCCAUCUUACAUCAUUCUGAACACUUUUUGAUUCGUCAAAAUAUUUAUUUUAUAAACUAUAAAUUGUAAUUUAAAAUUAGACAUGAAUUGUUUGAAAAUUGGUGAAACAUUGUUUUCUAAUCCUCGAGAAACUUUGAAAAAGUGGUGACAAUGAAGUUAAAUGAAUUUUUUAAGCGUAUGUCAUAGUGCAAUUAUUAAAAUCGUAUUGUUUACAUAACGAACAUCAGCUUCGGUGGAUUAUUUUCGUCAGAUCGUCAAAUUGCGUUUCAAUAAAG